AUGACGGCUGCAACAUACCGCAGCACGCCGUCGUUGUCGGUUCCUCAGACACAGAACACCGCUCCGGUCCUGGAAUUCGCCUGUCUAUACACACAUGAUCUACGCAAGAAGGCCAAGAAGUGGCAGGAUGGAGUUCUCCGAUACCAUACCUUCAACAAGCGGGCGAUGGUGUACGACGUGCCGCGCAACUUCAUCGGCGAUAUGCACUGGACGGGAGGGGAGGAUCUGCAAGAAGGCGAUGAGGUGUUAUUGGAAAAGGCCGGCGUGAAAGUUGAGGUGGCCGAGCGGAUCGGAGAGACGGAGACCGACUUGUCAGAGUUGAGAGCGAGCAAAGGGCCGGCCGUCAAUGGGGAGCCGAGGAGGAGAACUGAUAUGAGACCCGUGGCAGCGGCAACACCCAUUGCGAAAGGAUCCAGCGAAGUUAUGCCACGAGGUAAUACCCACCUCAAGCACAAGAGCUUGAAUGCACUCCUUGGUACUCYAAAAGGGACAAUGGGCAAGGCAGUGUUGCCGACAAAGUCGCCUUUCGAAGAACGAUAUGCGAAUGUUGAGAAUGAGGAGUGGGAAGAUGGGCGACCGGCGAAGAAAGCGCGAGUGGCUGAGACAAAGAAGUCCAAAACCGCUUCCAAACAGGCUGAAGUGCCUCUAUGGGCCCGCACAUCAGAUAGCAAGGCGACUCGGCAGAUACAACGGCCUGCAGGCAAGGUCUUUAUCGACUUAUCCGACGAUUUGACACCUUCGAAUGAUUUCCUGCCAGGCUUCUCGAGCGACGCUUUGGCGCCAUCUUCCCCGAUGAGAGCCGCAGCGCGAGAUGUGUCAGGUAGCUCUAGCUCGCCGGCUUUGCGGACGGGACGGCCGCCAGAGAUCUUAGCCACUGUCGCUGGGAAGGAGAAAGGUCGCGCUCAUCAGAUGCGAGUGCUGGAUCAUGGCCACGAGGAAGAUGAGAUGAAUCAUUCUACUCGCCGCCCAAGAAAGCUUCAGAAAUCGCCACAGCCAGCAAGACAGCCAUCGCUCCAGCCUUCACGGGCGUCUCUUAUCAAACCAGGCCAAACUCUACGCUUAGCCGCCAGUGCGCCGAAGAAGAGAACAUUACUCUGCCAAGAUCAGCUCGCAAAGAAGCCUCAAAGGACGCCUUCCGCGGAGAAUGAGGCGCUCAUGGAAGUGACGGUUGACGUCUCAGAUAAGGAUGCCCAGCCGAAGACAGCGAAGGAGAGGGUGCAAGAACGAUUGGAACAGAUCAGUCGACGAAGAGCACGCACUAGCAAUACUGGAGCAACAACCAGCAUGACAAACCAUGAUGUGUCAAAACCAUCGAAUGGUGAUGAUGAUCUUCGAACAGCCUCCAGCCGCAGUGCGAACGAAGCCACCCACUCUCUUAAGACGUCUAUCGACGACAAGGCGAAAAGGCGAGCGCAAGAACGAGUUCUCAGCGAGAAAUCCGUGGCGAAUGUGGCUGCUCGCCCACGACCCCUUCACCAACCCCUCGACGCGCCAUCGGAAUCUCAUGGAACGCUUGCCUCUGGCGUAGGGCCAUCGAGUGAAAAUUUUGGGCAGCGAUCUUCCCACGAAAUAUCAGCUAUAGAACUUGCGCGUCUCGAUCGAAUGAUGCUUCCGCCCGCAGCACCCCGAAGAGCACCAACACCGCCUGUACCUGUUCCGUCACCACGAGAGAUCCGGCCAUUGCGACGUGUGAUAUCGGAGCCUCCUGUACGGCCAAACGCCGGAGAUCUGACAGCUCAGGCCAAGCCAGCUUCCAAGCGCGUCCCUGGGGCUCCUGUUCGGUAUACACCAACACCCUCUCCUACUAAGAGAUCGCGUGAAUCGACUCCUGUCCCACCUACCGAGAUGGAGUCCAGGAUUCCAAUCCAGAACAAAGCGAAAAACAAGCUGCAGAAGUCUGUGAGUCUAAACGUGACUGCUGCGGGAACUUCGACCGUCAUUCUCGGUCGACCAUUUCAAGCACCCGGCAAACCCCGAACGGUGACGGCCAAAAAGCCAGACCCGCCUCCUGAUGAUGUUGGGCCGUGGAGUCGAGAAGCAUUCGAUCUUUUCAAGUGGAGGCCUCCGGGCUGGGAUGAGGAGAAGUGGUGUGUUGUAGAGGCCGUAGAAGGUGUGGGUGACACCACGACAGCUCCCGCUGGAUUGAGUGGCGGAGUGAGUUUGCCUUCUGUUUUGAAGGACUUAAAGAGGGGCCUAUGA